GGAUUUGGAUGUGGUCAGCAUCACAUCUCUGAGGGUGUUUGCUGGUGGACGUCCUACAGGCAUUUUAGGGAGCUGGUUUCUCCCUCCCUUGGCCACAGUGGCAUGCCUCACUGUCAUCCCUCACUGUCCUUUGGAGCAUUCUCUCUGCAGCAGGAAGAGGAACUGAUACUCUUUCAAGCCACAUGUGGGAUUUUUUUUUUUUUUUAAAGUUUUUGCCUGUUCCAGGUGGACAGUGGGGUCUGCAAACCUCUGGCUGCAGCCCAAGCUUUAAUUUGGACCCUUGCCAUGGAUUUGGAGGGUUUUUUGCUCCUGGGUGUUUCUUAAAGAAAACAUGAGACAAAGCAGAAGGCACAUGCACAAAAAUAAUAUAAAUAAAAGGUUUGUUAUUUGCUGUUUUGUGGCCGCCUGUGAGCUCAGCUCAGCCAUGGAGCAGGCAGGAAAAGGGUUAAUCCAGGUGUCGGGUAGGACAUGUGCUGCUGGGCCUGGAGGGUGGCCAAAUCCACCUUUUCUGCAUCUAUUUUGGAUUAAGGCCAAAAAAACAACAACCCCUCUGUGGCAAAACCACCUGCAGCUCCAGGUCUGCUGAGGAGGAGGAGGAGGAGGAGGGAUGGAGGGAUCUCUUCUCCCCAGUACUGGCCCUGUAAGCGCGCCUUGCAGCAAAUGAUUAACUUCUCCAGGCCAGGGAAGUGCUUCAUCCAGGGACUUUUUUGACCUUUUAGGUGACUAUUGUCUCCUGGGAAGUUGAUGGUAAACAUAAUUAGGGAGGGUUGGUGCAGGGCUUGGAAGGAACUGUGCGUGCUCCUGUCCUGCAACGUGAUACUGCUUGGUGCUGUCGGGACACUGAAAAUCCCAUCAGUGGGGAGGUUCUGAAACUGGUGUGGUCUGUGCUGCCUCCUCAGGUCUGUCAGAAGGGAAGGUUUAGUAGGUUUGUUUUGUUUUGUUUUUUUUCUUUUAUUUUUCAGAGAUUUAAAUUAACUUCAGACAUGCAAAGUGGAGUGAGAAAGUGUUUGGGUUGCAAAGAAUGAAUUUGGCCAGUGGAGAAGUUUCAUGUGGUGGGAGGGGAUGUGGACUGAGUGUCUGGCACCUCUGUAUCUGCAAUGUCACCAUCCCAGGGCUGUCUCCUGUCCCAGCAUUAUCCAAAUUCUAAGGAUGCUUUAGCUUUUGUGUAUUAUGGGAUGGCUGGUAGCAUCCCACAUUGCUGGGGCUCUCCCCUCCUUGCUGGGAGGAGUUCCUGGGCUGGGGCUGAAUCCCUCCCACCGUGGUUGUGCCUUCCAGCCUGGUGGGAUGGGGUCAGAGCAAGUCACCCCUCAGGCAGCAGCCUGCCUCUCAGCUCUGGGGGUGGCUCACUGGCUCCCAAAUAACCUGGCAGUGGCUUCUGCAGGAGCAGGGGGAGCUGAGGUGGGGUUGCCAGAGUCUAAAAGGUGGAAUGAUCCAUCAUCAGUGCAGGAGCAUCCCAGGUUGGGUGGGUACUGAUGUCCAUUAGAAUAAUAGAAUAUCCUGAGUUGAAGGGUACCUACAAGGAUCAUCAAGUCCCAACUCCUGGCCAUGCACAGGACCACCCCAAGAAUCCCACCCUGUGCCUGACAGCAUUGUCCAAAUGUACAAUAGGCAAAGUCUGUAGCUUUUAUGGGGUUUUUUUCAUCUCCCGAAUUUGCACAAACUUUACAAAAGCAAAGUUUAAAAGAUGCAACGCAGUUAUUUUUGGCAUUCUUUUAUUUUAUUUUCCUUUAAGAUGAGCAGGGGCAAAGCAUGCGGGAAAUUUAGGAAUCUAGGCAAGUACAGAGCUCCUUUGUUUUUAAUUAGCUACGUUGUUUUUAAUUGCUUCUAUGCUUGAUACAUAACCCAGCCUAAACAAGAAUAGCUUAUUGAAUGGGGGACUGACUAUGAAAGGCACCGUGAGGAGAAGGGCUGUUCUUCACAGUUGAUAUAUUUGUAUUUCAGUGCUUCAUUUAAUAAGUCUGUUUCCCCGGGGGGCUGUAGUGAGUAAAUCAUGCCAACAGAUUGUUUUCUGCAAACUGGCUUAUUUUUGUAAUUAGCAAAACGUUAAAGCUGUAACUGCAUAGAAAGCGAUCUGGGUGAAGAGUGAACAUAAAAGAAUUAGUAAGCAAAAUGUAAUACUUACUGUUUGAUGACAUUUGUGUUGAUUGGAUUGGUUUCUGGACAGUUUGUUGUCUGGGAUAGUCAGUUUCUGUAAAAUGGGAGAGAAAUUCACAGGUGUGCACAGCAAGUGUAGUGAGAUGAGAUGUUUCAGGGGCAGCACUUUUUGGGAAUCACAUCUGCAUGGCCAUUUGGAUCUGAUGGGGAAGCCUUGCUGGGGGUUACAGCUGUCCUGCUCAUCACCAGAAACUGCCAGGAUUUCCCUGGCUUCAUGUUGCUUUAUUCCUUUUUUUUGCAGUUAUAUGACAAAAACGGCGUCACCAUGAGCGGAGUAUUGAAAAGGAAGUAUGAAGAGCUGGGGGAUGACAGCACCUACUGCUCCUCCUCCUCCUGCUCCCCCCUCUCCUCCUCAGCAUCCUCAGGCUGGGACACUGAUGAGGAGAAUUCCCGUGGAGAGCCCAAGCCCAGCUCUGCCUUAAUGUCCAGCUUCACCCCCACGUCAAUCCUGAAGAAAUCCAAGCGGCUAAAGAAGAACAAUGUGGAGUUUGACCGGGUCACUGUGUUUUACUUCCCACGCUGCCAGGGCUUCACGAGCGUGCCUAGCCGUGGGGGCUGUACCCUGGGGAUGGUGAGCAAACACAGCUCCUCCCGGCAGUUCACGCUGGCAGAGUUUUCAAAGGAGCAGGAAAACGUCCGUCGGGGCAAACUCGAAGAGAAAUUAAAAGAGGAGAAGUUGGAAGCGUUGAAAUGGAAACUAACCAUGAACGGCACGAAGGAGUCCGAAGAGGCCAACCAGCUCACCAUCGACGACAUCUCCGACGAUGACAUCGAUGUCAGCAGCGUGGACCUGGAGGACGGCUUCUUCCUGCAGCCCUACCCCGCCAAGAAGAGGCGCGCGCUGCUGAAGGCCGUGGGGGUGAAGAAGAUCGACAAGGAGGAGAAGAGGGAGCUGCACAACAUCCGCCUGUCCCGGGAGGACUGCGGCUGCGACUGCCGCGAGGUCUGCGACCCCGAGACCUGCAGCUGCAGCUUGGCAGGCAUUAAAUGCCAGAUGGAUCACACCUCCUUCCCCUGCGGCUGCACCAAGGACGGCUGCGGCAACACCGAGGGCAGGAUCGAGUUCAACCAGGCCCGAGUGCAGACACAUUUCAUCCACACCAUCAUGAAGCUGGAGCUGGAGAAGCAGCAGCAGAGCAGCGAGAAGGUGGCGGAGGCUGAGCCCCCUUUCCGGGAGCGGCUCCCACCGCUGGCAUGCACGGCAGGGAAGGGCUCCUUGGAGGAGCGUGCGGUGCCGCUGGCACCUGCCUUCCAGUUCAGCCCUGACCUGGAGGCCCUGGGGGAGAACAGCUGCAGCAGUGACAUGACAGACUCCUCCAUCUCCUCCCACCCCAGCGAGGACCUGGAGGAGCCCUACGAGAGCCUCCCCUCUGACAAAUCCCAGUCGGACGUGGACGACGAUGGCUUGGCGCGCAUCCUCCACUUCAAUGACUCGGAUGCCGAGGAGGAGAGCGGGCGUGGCCAGGAUGACCUUGGCUGCUUCCACCCCACCGACUUCUUCAUCGAGGACCACGGCAGCGAGGCCAAGCCUGUCCCUGGCCACUUGCCCCACCUUUCGGAGUGCCUGGAUGAGAAUGCCAACCAGGACAGCGGGGGUUUGCUGGAGGAUGCAGCCCAUGUGAGGUGCGAUGGGCUGUCCUGCUGUGCCUCAUCCUCCACUGAGCCCUGCUCCAAGAGCUACGCUGACCUCAGCCUUUCCUCUGAUUCCUUGGAUUUCUUCCAGUCCUUCUCGGACUAUAACUUGGGACCCCUUUACAACUCCUUAAAGGAGUAUGAGAACCUGGAUAACUUCUCAGCGUUACAGUUUCAGUUGCCUAAUUUCCCUGGCUUCCCGCAAGCUGGAGAUCAGGGCUCCUGUUUCUUGGAGUCCCUCAUUGGUUUGUCUGAAUCUGUCCCCGAAACCCCAGCCCCUUUCACAGACAAUCAACUUUUGGAGGAUGCCAUCAAGUCAUCGCUGAUGGAGACAGUGAAAGUGUGAAACACCCAUGUGGCUCUGGCAAGGACUGAUGCCGAAAGGAAAACAGAGGAACAGUUGGACAGGCAAACUUUCACUGAAAGGAUGGUGUACUACUCAAAUAUAAGGAGGAAAAAAACAGCAACAGCAGAAGACUCUCUAAAAAAAUUAUUUUUGGUCUUUAUAGAACGUGGACAUUUUGACAUACUGCAGCUACAAUCAGUUCUCUCGCUGUUUGUGCAAAAAUUUCUAAACUUUCAUGACAGGGUGGGGAAGGGUGGGGAGGGAGAAAGACUUCCACAUGAGAAUUUCCUUGUGUUUUGUAUGAAAAGACCUGUUGAGAAAAAUACUCCUCGCUAAUGUUGCCAGUCGUCCAUACAGCCCCUUCUAGAAACGUUUCAGUGUUGCAGGAACUUUUUAAGGCAACUUUUUGAAGCUGUAUUUAUUGUGAAAAUUUGUGGUUUGCGUAAGAGUCGGCCCAACAAACUCUUACGUUUAAACCUGACAAGGUUUACAGAAGAGAUCCAUACACUAUAUACAUAAUCAUUCUUCAUCUAUUUAUUGCAAAUUCCAGAAUUUAACUAGCCACUGAAGCUUGAACUAGCAUGAAACCUUAUUUAAAUUGGUAAUACCUCAGAUGUAUUAUGUGUACAAUCAUAUUUUUUUGCAUAAUAUAUCUGUAUUUAUUUAUUUUCUACCUGUAGUACGUGAAUAGCACUGUGGUUUGUCGAUGACCUGGAAGGGCAAUAAGGUCUUCAAGAGGAAGAUGACCCUGGUUUCUCUGAGUCUGAAUGAUGUUGGCUGUUUGGUCUUCACUUCACAUUUCUAAAAACACUGAACAGAAGUGGUGUGGGAGGGGAGGGACGAGUUCUUGCACCAUCCCUUGGUUUCUCCCAGCCUCGUUGUGGACAUGAGAAUGGUGUCUGGUCUCCAUAAUAUCACUGUGGAGAGCAAAGCAAGCAAAACCCUCAACUAUUUAAGAAGUAACAUUAAUACUAGCUCUAAACAAAACCCAACCCCUUUUUGUAAAUUAUUUUAUAAUUUAUUUAAUUUCCUGAGGAUUUGGCCAUGAGAUCUUUUCCCAUCAGUUAUGGUGCCUGAAUGUGCAGAGCCACUGUCAGCAACGGUGGGGAGGUGUAACCAUAAGGACCUUGGCAGCCCUCGUGGGGGCUUUGGGAGAGCAAAGCCAAAACAGCAACACUGCUCAAGCUCCUCAGCAAGUGCUCCUUAGGACUCCCCAGCACUGAGGAUGUCGCAGCUCCAAAAUCCAGUGGGUCACACUGAUUGUACUAUAUUUUUACAUAGGUGAAUCAAGUAAAUCAAGCAAAACAGAUGGAAAUGAAGUUCAUUGGGUUAUUUAUCCUGUGAGUACAGUUUUUGAAGACCUGAAGACCAAGCUGAAAAACUGAAGGCUUUUGGUUUUUAAAAUGAGAUAAAUCUUUGUGUUUGGAGGCUGCCUUGGCCUUUUGCUAUAUAUAAGUCAGUCUGAGAGCAUGACACUGUUUGGCCACGAGAUGUAACUGGACAAAAAAAUCUGUGCAUCAGUGAUACACUAAGUGCCUACACCAGUGGUAUGGAAAAAGAAAAAUGGAUUUAAAACCUACCGGCUUUAAAUUCCCUCUUGGAGGAUUUGGUGACGGGAGUGAUUCUUGGCAUUACCAGCACAGGAGGAGGAGACAAUUCUGGUGUCCCAGCCCCGCUGCCCUGGGAGCAGCUGGAGGGAACUUCUGAGGGUACAGAGACACACAGACAAGGGAAACAACCCCGAAACACGGAUCUGAGGAUUUUUCUGUUGGCUGAACUGUUUCUAUCCCCGACCACAGGGAUGGUGCUCUUGGAUACCUGCUCAUUGACAGGUGCCUCACUGCAAACCUGCCGGCAAUUUGGGAAACUUGUGGCGUACGAAACAUGGGUUGCUUGGGGUUUUUAAAAAAUCCUUUUUAUUGCUAUUUAAUUGUACAUCUUCUCUGGGAUUGAGCCGGUCAACUGCGAAUUGGAGCUGAUCCUCCCACAGCCACGAGCGGCUCCUGAGCCCGCGCUCGCCGCCGCUGCCUCCGCAAGGCAUUGCCCCCGGGGCAGGAGGGCGACUGUAGGAAUACUACUGGCAGAUGGAGGAUUUCCUGGAUAUAUCUAUUAUUAUUGUUAUUAUUAUUAUAAUUAUUAUUAUUAUUUUUAUUAUUAUUUUUCAUUGUCGUCAUUGUUUCUUUAGACUGAAAAAUCCCCCUUUCAGUUAUCUCCUAGGUGGUAGUUCCUUAUCCUUCAGACUGCAUCAAAAAUACUGACAGUUGAAAGUCUGGUAGCGUUCUGUAUUUAUUGGCACUAAUAUAUUUUGUAACAUUCCUAGGUUUCCUCUGCAUAUAUAUAUUUAUAUAUAUAAAAUAUAUACCUAUAUUUUAUAUAUAUAUAUAUAUAUACACACACACUUUUUUGUAAUGAAUGAUUGGGAUUGACUCCUGCCUUUGUGGAUUUUUUGUUUUCAAUAAUUUAUUCUUUUUAUUUGUGUUGGUGCCAAAAAAGAAAAAAAAAAGAUUUUUUUUUCCUCCCUUUUUUUUUUCCCCGGGGCACUGAAUUGUAAAUAUAUAAUUUUUUUUUUCUUCUUGGUAUCUGUGUAAAAAGUUGCCUGUUAAACAGUUUAAAAACUGGGUAUUUAUUGACACAAUCUGUAAUUAUCUAAUGUAUUGGUUGAAACGCUUUGGUUUCAACAUAGCUUUAUUUUAGCUUUCUUUGUGUAUAUAUUGUGAUUAUGUUGCUUAAAGGUACAAGUUAAAAAAAUGCUUUAUUUUUACCUUAUCCAUUUGCAUUUGUUUAUAAAAAAAGCAUAUUUGUCUACAGCUGCUGUCUCUCAUUUCAUCAAAGCAAUAUGAAGAAAUUUCCAUUACACUUUCAAUAAAAGAAUUUUGUUUGAAUACG